UUGGCUGCUACGGAACCGUUUGGCUCUUUUCUCUACUAGCGAGCAACACUACAUUCAAGACUCGACUGUACACCCAGCUCAAUUUUAAGGGGAUUUAUCACCAUAUAUGCCCGUAUAUUCAAAACACAUCGCUCACUGGGGAUUCCAGCUACCGGUUGACCUGUUCCGAAGGCCGUUAUAACGCUCUUUUCGGGGUUUAAUUAGAGCUUGAAAACAGCGGUGGUAGUGGAGGAGAUUCCAUAUUAGGAGCACAGAGGAGAAGGCACCCCCUCCCCCCUUGUGUGAUUUGGAGCUUUAGGUUCUGAACCCCUGGUCCAAGUCCUGACUGACUGAUCAUAGUGGUGGUGAAUACAGACUUACUGCUGGGGCUAGAAGUGUGUGUGCUGACCUCAUGGUGUAACCGGAUUAAAAAUGAGCAUUAGCAGUGAUGAGGUCAACUUCCUGGUCUACAGAUACCUACAGGAAUCAGGGUUCUCCCACUCUGCAUUUACAUUCGGCAUAGAGAGCCACAUCAGCCAGUCCAACAUCAACGGAGCUCUGGUGCCCCCUGCUGCCCUCAUCAGCAUCAUCCAGAAGGGCCUGCAGUAUGUGGAGGCUGAAGUCAGCAUCAACGAGGACGGCACAUUAUUUGACGGCCGACCCAUCGAGUCUCUGUCGCUCAUCGAUGCAGUGAUGCCAGAUGUGGUCCAGACGAGGCAGCAGGCGUACCGGGACAAAAUGGCCCAACAGCAAGCUGCAGCCUCGGCGCCGGCCGCAGGGGGCAGCAUAGCCGGCAACGCCAAGAACGGAGAGAACACUGCCAACGGGGAGGAGAACGGAGCCCACGCCUUAGCUAACAACCACUCAGAUCUGAUGGAGGUGGAUGGAGACGUGGAGAUCCCUCAGAACAAGGCCAUGGUCCUAAGGGGCCAUGAGUCAGAGGUCUUUAUCUGUGCCUGGAACCCAGUGAGCGACCUGCUGGCGUCUGGGUCUGGAGAUUCGACGGCUCGUAUCUGGAACCUGAGUGAAAACAGCACCAGCAGCUCCACACAGCUGGUUCUGAGGCACUGCAUCAGAGAAGGAGGACAAGACGUCCCCAGCAACAAAGACGUCACCUCGCUGGACUGGAACAGUGAAGGCACCCUGCUGGCCACAGGCUCCUAUGACGGCUUUGCCAGGAUAUGGACAAAAGACGGUAAUCUAGCCAGCACUCUGGGGCAACACAAAGGCCCCAUCUUUGCCCUGAAGUGGAAUAAGAAAGGCAACUUUAUACUGAGUGCAGGAGUCGACAAGACUACAAUCAUAUGGGACGCUCACACAGGAGAGGCCAAGCAGCAGUUCCCCUUCCAUUCAGCUCCAGCUCUGGAUGUGGACUGGCAGAGCAACAACACGUUUGCUUCCUGUAGUACGGACAUGUGCAUCCACGUCUGUAAACUGGGACAAGACCGGCCUAUUAAGACAUUCCAGGGACACUCAAAUGAAGUUAAUGCAAUCAAGUGGGACCCUACGGGGAACCUGCUAGCAUCCUGCUCAGAUGACAUGACGUUGAAGAUCUGGAGUAUGAAGCAGGACUCAUGUAUCCACGACCUGCAGGCCCACAGCAAAGAAAUCUACACCAUUAAAUGGAGUCCUACUGGACCGGGAACCAACAAUCCCAGUGCUAACCUCAUGCUAGCCAGUGCAUCGUUUGACUCCACGGUGCGUCUGUGGGACGUGGACCGGGGGAUCUGCAUCCACACGCUGACCAAGCACCAGGAACCGGUGUACAGCGUGGCGUUCAGCCCUGACGGGCGCCACCUGGCCAGCGGCUCCUUUGACAAAUGUGUUCACAUCUGGAACACACAGACGGGGGCGCUGGUGCACAGCUACAGAGGGACGGGCGGGAUCUUCGAGGUGUGUUGGAAUGCAGCGGGAGACAAAGUGGGAGCCAGCGCGUCAGACGGAUCUGUGUGUGUAUUAGACCUGCGGAAAUAGAGCUGCUGUUCGCUGGAAGCCAUGGACCGACCAUGAAUGUGUACAUAGCCAAAUGACUGUCCCUGCCUGCCCUGCGUACUGCUCACGCUUAGGCCCCGCCCACCGACUUACAGGAAGCAGGACACAGGAACAGGAAGCGAGUACCGACACAGCAGGUCCACACACGGGGAUAAAGUGACAGAUGGACGGAGUGGCGCCCCUUCUGUUGGGUCAGACUCUCAGAGAGAAGCAGAGGCGGGAUGCAACGGAAAUGGAGACGUGACGGAUCGGAAUAUUUACCAAAAUAUGGAAGCUGUUUGGCUUUUUGAUCUGGGAAACAUUCCCAUCGUCAUCAAAAUGUAAAACAAUGAAAACGUGUUGAUCUAUGUUACUAGUCAGAUCUUAUUGUGGACAUAUCGGCUCCUCCACCACAGAUAGGAUGGCACUUAGGGUUUCUUUUUUUUUUUUCAGAUCUCUUGUUCUAUAUUUUUUAUCAUGUGGGAGGGUCAAAGGUCAUGGAGAUGUCCCCCCGCUCUGCCACCCAGGCAGGUGGCAGCAGCGCCUCACUAAGCACCACCAUGCUGAUCAAACUCUGGAUUGGUCUGAUUCAUCCACACGGGCAAAUAACACAUGAUGUCCCCCCCUUAAACCUCCUCCCUGUUCUGACCUGGAAGCUGCAGUAGAACCAGAACCAGGUCCAGACUGACUGCUGGUUUGUUCUGAUUUUUAAUUGGGAGUACUGGGAGCUCUGUGUGUUUUCUACUGUUUUCCAUGUCAUUUUUAUAGCUUUUUAAAUUAAAUGGAAUAGUUUCCCUUUUUUCCAGUCAUAACUUGUUUCCAUUCAGCAGUAUGGCGCCCUCCAGUGGCAGUGAGGGAAAUGUGGCUGGAAUAUUUCCAGCCUGACAGCAGAUGUCAUCUCUGUGGAUUUAGUCAGUACAGUGUACCAACGCUCCAACCAUUAAAGAGUUUCCACUGAACCAGUUCCAGUGUGAAGCUGGUACCAGUGCUGUUCUUGACAGCAGUGGUUUGUGUUUCAACUGGUUGGACUGGGCCAGAACUUGUCAUGGAGACCAAUAUUAACAAACCAAAACUUUGCAUACACCAUGUUUGAACCUCUGAAGUCCAGCUCUGGUUUAGUAAUAAGCACUUAGCUGGCAGAAAAGAGCCAGUUAGGAAACAUUAAAUAUUCACCAAGUCUCUUCUUGGAGCUGCACCAAUAAAUCAGGCUGAAUUUGCUCAACUCUGGGAGCUGAUUGAUCAGCCGAUACACACAUUGAAAACCAAUCUGAUCCACUUUCACAUCAGACAUCGUCUCGUCCUGUGAGAGAGGACUGACUGACCACCAGGUCAUGUCUGCACAUGCAUGGUUAGCAGUGGUCACCUCUUCAUUGUCUUAGUGACUUUUAGUAACUAUUCUGACAAAGUUAUUGGUACCUGCCAAAACUGAAAUCAGCUCCUCUAGUCUGUUUGGUUCUCUCUUCAUUUUUGCUGACAGGUUGAUUUCUACAGCCAGCUGUUUGGCUUUUCUGUCCUCUGUUCAGCUGAACUGUUGCUCAGAGCAACAGGAUGUUUGGGUCAGUACCUGAGGUCAGGACAGGAAGGGCUGUAGAAAUCCAGUUGGUGCAAAAUUCUACAGGUUUCAACAUUAAAGCAAAAAAACCCAAAACGUCCUAGUCCAACCAGUGUUGACGAUCCUAAAUAAGCCGGUUCAAAUCAGAACGAAGGAGCUUUAAACCUGGUGUGAACAUCUGGGCUGAUCUAAGUCGUCGUAUUAUUAAAGAAAACGGCUGGAGAUGAUUUUUUUCCGUCACAUCUUCACCUGAUUCCAAUCGUCUUUGUUGUGUCGACUCCAGUUUCACUUGUUAUCAUCCUUCUGCUUGCUUGAAGCAGCACUGGUCCCAGUGUAGUGGUGGACCCGGACAGACUGGGACAGUACUGGGACAGACUGGGACAGUACUGGGACAGUCUGGGACAGUACUGGGACAGACUGGGUCAGUACUGGGUCAGUACUGGGACCGUUCCACCAUCUGCAGCAGGAAAACAUUUCAUCCCCCAGACGCCGUUCCAGACAUGCCGUCCCCACAAUUAGCAGGACGUGUCCACGUCUCUCUAAUGAUGACUGAGCAUGGCUGAAAAGGAGCGUUUCCAUGGCGACCACACAUCCUCUGUGUUUUGCCUGCAGGUUUCAAGCUAAUGAGCUCUUAGCAGCAACCUGAGCUGUUCAGGUCUGCAUCAUGACCUCUGACCUCCAGUCUGUUCCUCACCAAACCUCUGCUCAGUUUUCUACUCCUCUAAAGCCACACGUUGUCAUUUCACUCAUUUGGAAACAUGAGGCGAGCAGCUGAUGGUUUGGUUCUUUUUACUCUCCUUCCAGCAGUUAACCACUAAAUGAAUCAGUUUCCAUGACAACGUGAUCUGUUGGAAACAUUUGUCCAACUGGCAGAGACACAAACUUUCUCUUUAAAUCUAAAAUAGAAUAAAAAACAGGAUUGCAAUGAAACAUGAAUGUAAUUUUCCAACCGAGCAACAGAUGUGGAAACGGCAGAUGUUUGACGGGAGGAUCAGAUCUGGAGGUGGAGCUGGUUGCCAUGAUUGCAACUAUUUAUUUUUUUUUUAAACUGUUGACAUGGUUUAUACAUAAAACUGAACACAGGACAUUUCCAGAAAAUACUCUGGGUGUAAAACCCGAUCUCUGAAAUGUUAAAAAUAUCAACUCUUUCUACUUCUGAUCAAAUUAAAAAAGGAAAAACGAGCGAAUUGAAUCUUGUAAGCUUUACUGGACCAAAACCUUCCAGAAGCUCCUCCCUCUGACAGCUGCUGCUGCUGCUGAACGUUUUGUUUCCUCCACAAACAGAACUCUGGACUUCUGGCCUCCACAGAUUGAUUCAUGUUCCUGUUUUACGUCUUGUGUGUGAUUUUUUUUGUUUGUUUGUUUUUCUCGACUGUAUUUGAAGUUCUGAAAUCCAAACUUUCAGGCGGCCAUCUUGGACGAGCCGCGGCGUUGCUGAAGCUGCGUUCUGGUCUGGAUCAGUCUCCAGGGCUCCAUCAGCACGUUUUCUGUUUUCCUUUGCAGCUUGCAUCUCAUCCAUCUGUGUCAUCAUUUAAGUCAGAUCAGUAAAACUUCAGUGCAGAAUAAAAUAUAUUUUGAUAAGA